AACGGCGACACCACACGGCUGUACAAGGUUGGUGCGGAGAAUUCAUCAUCAUCAUCAUCAUGGUCCUCUGCGCCCUGAACACACAGCUCCUGAGGAGCAGCAGCUGUUGCGCUCUCAUGGCCAGGUUGCCGACCUCGGGCCGCCGCCGCUGCUGCCUUUACUCCAGCUCCCAGGCCUUCAACCAAGAGGAGAUCAGACAGAAGCUGCGGGCCUUCCCUGGAGGCUCCGUUGACCUGCUGAAGCAGGACUCUGGUGUGGCUGUGCUGACCAUCAACAACCCCGCUCGCAUGAACGCCUUCUCCGGCAGCAUGAUGGUGGACCUGGAGGAGAAGGUGAGCCAGCUGGAGAACUGGACUGAAGGCAAAAGCCUGGUCGUUCGGGGCGCUGCCGAGACAUUCUGCUCCGGGUCCGACCUCAACGCAGUCCGAGCGAUAUCCAGCCCCCAGGACGGGAUGAAAAUGUGCAUGUUCAUGCAGGACGCUCUCACAAGACUGCUCAGGCUGCCCCUGGUCUCCGUUGCACUGGUGGAGGGCAGAGCCCUGGGAGGAGGCGCAGAACUCACCACCGCCUGCGAUUUUAGAUUAAUGGCAACAGGCAGCGUGAUCCAGUUUGUCCACAAACACAUGGGUCUGGUCCCAGGAUGGGGCGGCGCUGCGCGACUCGUCCACAUCGUUGGAAGCCAGAAUGCUCUCAAGCUGCUUGGCGGCGCCGUGAAAGUGGACCCUGAACGCGGCCUAGACGUCGGACUGGCAGACGGAGUCCUGGAGGCCGACGAGGACACCCCGGGUGCCGGCACCCCCGUGCAGCAGGCCGAAGACUGGCUCCGCCGCUACACCGAAGGACCAGUCCCUGUGAUCCAGGCGGUGAAAAAAGUAGUGCUGGCAGGAAGAGAACUCCCCCUGCUGGAGGCUCUGCGGAUGGAGAAGGAUGUGUUUGGGACUGUGUGGGGUGCUCCGGCUAAUCUGCAAGCCUUGGCCAGCAAGUCCAAGCACAAAUAACUUGGCCCCAGCAUCCUGAGAUUUGUCCAGAUUAGCAAAGAUCAGCGUGUGCCGUUUCUGGGUUGGAUUCAGUAAGAAGAGGCUGAUUGGUGUUUCCAAACUUUGGUUCACUGAAACCAUUUUAAAGCUGCAGUAUGUCACUUUUACAAAAAAAGAACAACACUUUUUGCAUAUUUGUUGAAACUGUCACCAUGUUAUGAAGGUUUAGUAUGAGACAGAUAAUCUAUGAAAAAAUCGAGCUCUGUCCUUGUCCCAUUCAAACAACCAAUGAGAGCGAGGAGGCGGGUCUUAGUGCUGUCAAUCACUGCAAUGUGCGAGCAUGUUGCGAAUGCUAAGGCUAGUUGGCAUGGCCAGCGGAUGACAGUGGUUUUCCUGUAAUGGUAAGGUGUUUCUCCACCAUUAGCACAUUUAACAGCAAGUACAUAAGGUUUGAUUGACAGCGCUAAGACCCUCCUCCUGGCUCUGGAUUGGUUGUUUUUGACCAGAAUUGUUACAGUUCUUCCAAGGCAACAGGUGGAAGAGAUUGAUUCUUGUCACAGAUUAUCUGUCUCAUACUCACAACAUGGUGAUAGUUUUAAAAAAUAUCUUAGAAAAACAUUUUUUAAUAAAAACAAAGCACUUUCAUGUUUAAAUGGAUAAUACAGAAUGACAAAAGUGGACUUAUUGGGGGUUUCAUAUUUUGUUUUUUGAAAAUCUGUUUGCUUAUGCUAUUUGCAAGGUAAUACCAGGGAUAAACAUCAUCGACAUCUGCAUAUCAUUCCACCUACAUUAGACCAGAGUAACCUUUUAACUAACAGGGUUUGGAUUGUGCUCUGAGCAUCAUCAGAUUUCUGCAACGAGCCACAGUGAAAUCCCAGAGAUGUGUGUGUGUGUGUGAAUAAUUUUAAUUCGCGGAUCUAUCCAAGCAGUGCUGGAAAACCACAGAUGUGCUCAAACUGCAGCAGCAGGACGGACCCCUGGAGGCCGGCAGACUCUUAUCUUGUGCUGCCGUUGCAGAGGUCGCGCUUCCUGGCGGAGGUCCCAGAGAGAGCGUUAGAAACGCGCUGUGAGCGGAAUACCAAACGCCUACCAGGUGAACAGAAAGUCAUGGUGAAUAGUAGCCCACCAUGGAAAUAUCCUCCCACAAAAGCUGAACAAUGUAGCAAUGAUAAACUUAAACUAUAUGAAUGCAUCAAGACACUUUUCAACCUCGCGCAUAAAAUGAAUCACUCUUAUUAAAAACAUUUCCAUUUUA